AUGAAUGGGCGCCGGCAGCCGCGCGCGCUGGGGCUGAAGGGCAUUAGGACCGUGAGGAUCGCUCGGCGCUCCUGUCUCUCCUUAUCACCCCCCCCCCUCCUUUUUCUGCUCUGCAGGACUGAGCAGCCAGGCGCGAGCGAAAACAAACAGCUGGGGCUAAGAGCGCCCCCGGCCCCGGCCCCGGCCCCGGCCCCGGCCUGGAGAGCACGCCGGCCCCCAGCCGGGCGCCCGUCCGCCCACCAUGAGGAAGAUCCGCGCCAAUGCCAUCGCCAUCCUGACCGUAGCCUGGAUUCUGGGCACUUUCUACUACUUAUGGCAGGACAACCGAGCCCACGCAGCAUCCUCCGGGGGCCGGAGUACGAAGAGGGCUGGAGGGAGGCCGGAGCAGCUCCGCGAGGACCGCACCAUCCCGCUCAUUGGAUUUCAGCUGCAUCCCUGACCAGGGUCUGGCAGAGGCGGAUGGCCACCCAGAGAAGGGCUGUGAACUUUUCAGACCAGGUGACAGGAACACCCUCAAAAGGCUUUGAUGAGAAGGCGUACCUGUCUGCCAAGCAGCUGAAGCCUGGAGAGGACCCCUACAGGCAGCACGCCUUCAACCAGCUGGAAAGUGACAAGCUAAGCCCUGACAGGCCCAUCCGGGACACUCGCCAUUACAGUUGCCCAUCCUUGUCCUACUCCUCGGACCUGCCAGCCACCAGUGUCAUCAUCACCUUCCACAACGAGGCUCGCUCUACCCUUCUGCGCACAGUGAAGAGUGUCUUGAACCGGACUCCAGCCAACUUGAUCCAGGAGAUCAUUUUAGUGGAUGACUUCAGUUCAGAUCCUGAAGACUGUCUGCUCCUGACCAGGAUCCCCAAGGUCAAGUGCCUGCGCAAUGACCGGCGGGAAGGGCUGAUCCGGUCACGAGUUCGCGGGGCAGAUGUGGCGGCGGCCGCCAUCCUCACGUUUCUGGACAGCCACUGUGAAGUGAACGUUGAGUGGCUGCAGCCCAUGCUGCAGCGGGUGAAGGAGGACCACACACGUGUCGUGAGCCCCAUCAUCGAUGUCAUCAGUCUGGAUAACUUUGCCUACCUGGCAGCCUCUGCUGACCUUCGAGGAGGAUUUGACUGGAGCCUGCACUUCAAGUGGGAACAGAUCCCUCUGGAGCAGAAGAUGACCCGGACAGACCCCACCAGGCCCAUCAGGACACCAGUCAUAGCUGGAGGGAUCUUUGUGAUCGACAAGGCCUGGUUUAACCACUUGGGGAAGUAUGAUGCCCAGAUGGACAUCUGGGGAGGAGAGAAUUUUGAGCUCUCCUUCAGGGUGUGGAUGUGUGGAGGGAGUUUGGAAAUCGUCCCCUGCAGCCGGGUGGGCCAUGUCUUCCGGAAGAGACAUCCCUACAACUUCCCUGAGGGCAACGCCCUCACCUACAUCAGGAAUACCAAGCGUACUGCGGAGGUGUGGAUGGAUGAAUACAAACAAUACUACUACGAGGCCCGGCCCUCAGCCAUUGGGAAGGCCUUUGGCAGUGUGGCCACAAGGAUCGAGCAGAGGAAGAAAAUGGACUGCAAGUCCUUCCGCUGGUACCUGGAGAAUGUCUACCCCGAGCUCACGGUCCCCGUGAAGGAAGUGCUCCCCGGCAUCAUUAAGCAGGGGCUUAAUUGCUUAGAAACCCAGGGUCAGGACACAGCUGGUGACUUCCUGCUUGGAAUGGGGAUCUGCAGGGGCUCUGCCAAGAACCCCCCACCAGCCCAGGCUUGGCUGUUCACUGACCAUCUCAUUCAGCAGCAAGGCAGGUGCCUGGCCGCUACUUCUGUGUCCCCUCCCGGGUCCCCAGUCAUCCUGCAGGUGUGCAACUCAAAAGAAAGCAAACAGAAAUGGAAGAGAAAAGGAUCUUUCAUCCAGCAUUCCAUCAGCGGCCUCUGCCUGGAGACGAAGCCUGCCCAGCUGGUGACCAGCAAGUGUCAGGCUGACGCCCAGGCCCAGCAGUGGCAGCUGCUGCCACACACAUGACAGUAGCUCCGGGGCCUCCUGUAUCUUUUGCAUGAGACUUUGGGACCAGAAGGGGGUUAGGGUGGGGGAGUGUCAAGUGGGCCCUUUCUGUCUCCUCACAUUUCUGCCCCGAUCAUCAACAGACAUCCCUGUGACACCUUUCUCCAAAGCUUGCUCUGGAAAGGGUGCAGGGGGCCACCCUGCCAUGUCCAUGUCCUGGGAGAGGCAGUGGGCAAGGUGCUGGGUUGUUGCUGGCAGGCUGGGUAGGUGCCCUUCUUGGGGUCUGACAGUAGUGUGUGGGCUCUCUCCUUGUUGCUUGGGGUAACAAGGACAGAAGCCUACACAGAGGCCAACUGGGAUCCUGGGGCCUGCUGUGGGGGCAGCAGGAGAAGAGAAAGUGGGCAGUGUUUUUGGAGAGGCUGAGGGCUGGGAAGACAGAGAGGAAGAGAGGAGCCACCUACAGGGGUGACAGUGAUUAGGAAGAAGGAAGACUCAGGGGCCUGUCCAGGAGAUGCCAAAUGCAGGGCUGGUGGGUGGCAGGAGUGGGAUCCUGGGAGAAACAAUGGACACUCAAAGGAGUACUGUACAGAUCAGAGCAUUAAAGAACAAGGCCCAGGACAUCAUCCAUCCCCUGCUUGUCAGCCCCACUGAGCCUGAUGCAUCCCACAGUCUCAGCAGGAGGCUGCAGAGGGAUCUGGGAUGUCAUUUUUAAAUGGACUUCACUUCUGUUUGCCCAUGUGUCCACCAAAAACUCUCUUGGGCCUUAAUAACCAGCCAGUGCCCCAUCUCUUCUGCCUGAGCCCACUGGGAGGAUGGGCAGCUGCCACGCACCCUGGAACGGUCCCAUGCUCAUUGGUCUCCUGCUUUCUCACAGAUCUUUGCCUCUGUAUAUAUAGCAUCUUAGGUCAGGGUGGCCAGUAGGAAUGGGACCUCCUUUCUGGAGCAGAACAUUCCCUAAGUCACCCAGGCCAAACUUUGUUCUCAGUCCUUCCCCGCAGGAGGACUCCCUCCAAGGGUCAGUUAUUGCAGGAGGUUGAGAGGCUGGCUGAUGGCUCCUGUUUGGGUGGAGAAAUCCCAGAUCCUUCUCCCAGCUAUAGAGAACACCAUUUCCACUCCUCCCCAUGGCCCUGUUUUGGGAUCUCCUCUGUAGGAAAGACUGCUCAUACAAGAACCCCAGGGGUCUCUGUCCUGACGCAAACCAUCCUUGACCUCUACCUAGUCUUUCAUAGAAAGUACAGAUUUGUGGGGAUUUCAUGGAUUCCAGAAGGUUUAGGGAGCUCCAGAAAUUGUCCCCACAGUAUUCCAUUGUAUGUGUGCAUAUACUCAUUUUUCCUGGGGAGAGGUCCAUAGGGGCUCCCAGCUUCUUAAAGAGGUCCCUAAACCCCAUAGAGUCUCAGUCUCCACCUGGGAGUGGAGCCACCAUCUAUCUGAGCUGCUACUGGCCCAUGUUCCUCCCUGGGGUGCCCAGAUCACCUCACCCCGCUCCCCCGACAUGGCCUUUGGGUGGGGAGUGUGAGUCCAUGGUCUGCAGCACCACUAUGGAAAGAUGUCCAGCGUUUUCCUCUCCUCAUGGGCCCCCGACAUGUGCAAGCCCCCAGACUCAGCAAAGGGAAUCCUUCCCCUCCGUGGCUCACUGUUCCCUUCCUCUGCUAUGAAGUUUCACUGCCGCCAUCCUGGAAAGCCACCUGCCACAGCUGAGGGCAGAACCAGGGCCGAGUGAAGACUGGUUCUUGGUGCCUCAGCCUGCUCGGAUGUGGGCUCUCGUUGAAUGUAAGGACUGCUGCUCAAAGCGCCUUUGAGAAGUUCUCGCCCUCACUUCCUGUGGUCACCAGGCUCUGUACUUGUCAGCCCUCCUUUGUGGGGACUCAGCCCAAUUCUGGUUUUGCUUUUCUUCUUCUUUACCAAAGCAUGUGCCACUAGCUGUCCUUUGGGACACUGUCUUUAUGAAACACACACCUGGAAUAAAACCACUUCUUACAAGUUCA